GUUGAUUUGAUUCUUCUGACACCAGUCUCUGGCUAGAGACCGGUUAGUCAAGCUCCGAGUCAAUUAAUUCCAAGUCAAUCCACUUAACCUGCUUGGCUUAAGUUAAAGAGUAAAUGUCUCACAUGGUACUUAAAUAAAUUGAUGAAAUUAAAUCAUGAUCUAAGUAUUUUAGUGAUUUUUUCAUAAAUUAAUAAUCGUAUCAUAUCAACAAGAACUGACCUUGUUCCUUAAACAUUACAAACACUAAACUAAUGAAAAAAAAUAAUAAUAAUAAACUAUAUACUAAAUGAAACAAGACUAACUUGGAACAAAGAUAAAAAAUAUAUAUAUAUUAUACAAUCUGACAUUAAAAGAUUGAUUCCUUGUUUAUACAAAAUGUUGUUAAUUGUUUUGCUCCAAUUAACUAAAUAGAUUAAAAAGAAAAUCAUAAGCUUGAGGGUGAGAUUUCUUUUUAAAAUACAUAUAAUAAUUAAAUUAAAACAGCCAUGAAGCACAAGAGGUCGAUGUGUCAUAAAAUUACACAACCAAGCAAUAUAAUCGAAGAGCCUAUCAAUAUUAGCCUUGGCCAAAUGAUCUGCUACCAUGUUACUUUUCCGUAAGCAAUAUGACCAGAGGGGGGCCUAUCAAUACUUGAGGUCUGUUGUGUUGUAUUUCUUUAUGUUCUUUGAUCAUACCAACAAGGCAUUUAUAAUCCCUUCUUCUUUUAUGGCUUGGUUGACAGUGAUAGUGUUGUGACCUUGUCUUAAGAAAAUCAUAAAUUUGAACUUCGUUUCGCCCUUGACUCAUUUGAACAUGUGCUGACAAAGUUAUGGGACAAAACAUUACAAGGAUAGAAGAAUGGGAUGAAAGAAUUGAGGAAUUUUGAAAACAAGAAAUUAAAGAACAGGAAAGGAAAGGAGGAUAAAAGCUAGAAAUAUACUCUUCUUCUGUGUUGAUGAAUUCAUCAGGAUCUAGUUUGAAUACAAGAAAUUAAAGAAAAGUAAAUAUAUAGUGAAAGAGAUCGAGCUCUGUGAUUUUUCCCAUGUAGUAUAACCAAGCAGUGAUCCUGCACGCCAGAACAAAACAAACUCAUGAGUGGACAUGAGGUGGAUGAGCAUGAGGGUGUCUGCUUUGUGCAUGUGAGCAUGUUCUUACUUUUAACACUUUCAAUGUAUUUGUCUGCCCUUACAGCAUGGAAAUUACAGUCCCUCAUGUGGCAUCCAUAUUCUAGGCAGCAUAUAAAUGAGUAGAGUUCAUUUUACAGUGAACGAUCGAGCUAGCUAGCUAACGUUUUAAGCAAACUAAAGACAUGGAGAUCAAGAGAUCCUUUGGGCUUUUCUUCUUGCUCCUCAUUGUCUUGGCUUCUCAGGUGGUGGUGCCUACUGAGGCAAGGGUGUGCCAGUCACAGAGCCAUUAUUUUAAAGGCCCAUGUGCAAGGGACCAUAACUGUGCUUGGGUGUGCAGGAAUGAAGGUUUCUCUGGUGGAAGAUGCAAAGGGUUCCGUCGCCGCUGUUUUUGCACCAAGCUUUGUUAAGUUAAGCAAAGAAAAUGCAGUGACCAUUACUACAUAUGGCCAGUCUUUCUAGUCAUGUGUUAAGGUUGCCAAGCAUGCUUUUUGACAUGAAAAAAGCACUAUCUUAAUAUCCUCUGUUUGGGCCUUUUUCAAAUAAGUGUUUUUGUUUUGCUUGUUCAAUUAGCUGAGUAUCCAUAAGUAUGUCAGCAUCACUUGUGUUAGCUUGCUCUUCAGCUAGGCAACUUGCUAGCUUUAGAACCUGCUGCUGAUCGAUGAUGCUGGGGUUAAUGUCAAUGUUGGUUUCGUUAUGUAAUAAUAAACUCUCCCUUCUUGUUCGAGGAA